AUGGACCCAAAAAUCACUGGCAGCGAAUAUGUCCAGGAAACGAAAGCCUCGGACGCGGACGUCGAACCAGCCAAACGACAUUCUAUUACUGGCGACGUCUUCGUCCAUGAUCAUGGUGCGGAUUCUGAACUGAGGCGAAUCCUCAGCACCCGCCAUCUCACUAUGAUUGCUCUGGGCUCCAGUAUUGGAAUGGGUCUGUGGCUAGGUUCUGGAUCAUCUUUGAUCAGCGGUGGCCCUGCAGGUAUCUUCCUAGGGUACUGUCUGUCGGGUGCAAUGAUCUGGUCUGUGGCACACUCCAUUGGCGAGAUGGCUGUCAUGUACCCACUCCCUUCUGCUUUUGUUCAGUGGACCGGCAAAUUCGUUGACCCAUCUGCUGCCUUUGCCCUUGGUUGGGCAUACUAUUUCUCCUUUGCAAUCACCGUUGCCAAUGAGCUAGCUGCUGCAAACACUGUCAUCAGCUUCUGGACCGACAAUGUCCCAAUUGCAGCCUGGAUCACGAUAUGGUGGGCAGUGCUUGUCCUAGUGAACGUCGGAGCUGUCACCAUCUUUGGUGAAGUUGAAGUCGUUUGCAGUACAAUCAAGUUCAGUUGGAUCUUCGUGGUCAUCAUCUCUCUCAUCGUUGUUUCCGCUGGAGGCGGCCCCAACCAUGAGUCAGUUGGCUUCCGUUACUGGAACGACACGCCCUUCACCAACGGGUUCAAAGGAUUCCUCUCUGUUAUGCCCACUUGUAUCUUCGCCAUGGCCGGGUCUGAAAAUGCUGGUUUAGUUGCCGCCGAAACUAUGAAUCCUCGAAAAGCUGUCCCACGUGCCGUGGGCUCCAUCUGGUUACGACUAUCAUUGUUUUAUCUCCUGGGGUCACUGAUGAUCACAAUCAAUGUCUCUCCAUUUGAUCCAGAUCUUUUUGGAGCCGAGGGUACAAAUGCAUCUCCAUUUGUCGUUGCAUAUCGCAAUGCAGGAAUCCCUGCCCUAGCUCAUAUAAUGAAUGCCAUCAUCCUGCUGUCCGUCAUCUCUUGUGGCUCUAUCUCGAUCUAUGCUGGUGCACGUACAGCAAUGGGACUUGCAUAUCUCGGCAUGGCACCAAAGCAAAUGAAAAAAGCUGACAAACUAGGACGUCCGUGGUGGGGUCUAGUUCCUAUCAUUGUCGUUGGUGGCGGCUUGGGCUAUCUCAAUGUCAACAAUUCAGGAUCAGAGGUCUUUGGUUGGUUCUCCAAUCUAACAUCCCUCUAUACUCUGUUCGGAUGGGGUAUGAUCUGCCUCUCUCACAUCAGAUUUCGGCUGGCCUGGAAAAUGCAGGGUCGUGAGCCAUCCGAACUUCCCUGGAAAAGCUGGACCUACCCUUACGCCGCAUGGUUCGGAUUCAUGAUGUGUGUCAUCCUCAUCAUUGUCCAAUUUUAUCUCGCAGUGGCACCGCUUGGAGCUACUGUCACUGCUGAAUCGUUCUUCGCAAACUACGUCUCGGUCCUCGUCAUCUUGGUGCUGUGGGCCGGUGCGAAGAUCUACUAUCGUGGCCGAAGAUGGGUUGACCUCAGUACUGUGGACUUGGACUAUGGACGACGAUUCUAUAACGACGAAUUGGACAAGGAGAAAGGUCACAAGACGGGAAUUAAAGGCGUGGCUUUGAAGACUGUUGGGGCUAUUUUCAACUAG